GAAGAAGAAGAAAGAAAGAGAAAAAGAAAACAAAAGAAAAACAGAAGUGAGGGGGCUGCUCGUUGGGUCACCUUAGAUCAGGCCACCUUGGUAUCAGGACCCAUCUGGGAUAAAGUGAUCAGGACAAGCCUCUCAGAUUAGGUUACAUAUUGAAGACCACCGUGUGACAAGUGCUAGAAGGGACAAGCAGGAAGCUCUAAGGGCACUUAACUCUGGCCCAGCCUUAAGGGGCAGGAAGCUGAGAUCUGAAGAGUGAUGAGCAAGACAAUGGGACUCGGCUCCUUACAUUGCUUAUAGGUGGUGAUCUGGUAGGUGGGGGCAUUAUCAGGGGUCAGGGAAGGCUUCCUGGAGGAAGUGGUGAUUUCAUACAGCCCCAAGGGCUGAGGAGGAGUUUUCAUCCUUUAAGAUGGGUUGACUGGGUUUGAGAAUUCUUUUGCAGGUGUCCUGGAAACCGCGCGGUCAAAGGGCGGAGCUGAGUGGCCAGACAGAAGAGGCCCCCACCAGUGAGCUCUGCUGUUCCUCUGGGAGCCAUGAAGCUGAACGAGAGGAGUGUGGCCCACUACGCACUGAGCGACUCCCCAGCAGACCACACGGGCUUCCUGCGCACUUGGGGGGGCGCGGGGACUCCACCCACCCCCAGUGGUACUGGCCGAAGGUGCUGGUUUGUCCUCAAGGGCAACCUGCUGUUCUCCUUCGAGAGUCGGGAGGGCCGAGCCCCGCUGAGCCUAGUGGUGCUGGAGGGCUGCACCGUGGAGCUGGCCGAGGCACCCGUGCCUGAGGAGUUCGCCUUUGCCAUCCGCUUCAACGCCCCUGGCGUGCGCCCACACUUGCUCGCAGCAGAUGGGCCUGCGGCCCAAGAGGCCUGGGUGAAGGCCCUGUCCAGGGCAAGUUUUGGCUACAUGCGUCUGGUGGUGCGCGAGCUGGAGAGCCAACUGCGUGAUGCCCGCCACAGACUGGACCUGCAUCGCCGCUCAUCCUGGAAGGCUGUUCCCAGGCGCUUUGAGCCUCAGGCUCCUGCCCACUGGUCUCCCGGCCUGGAGAAUGGCCACUCCCUCUCCAGAGACUGCAGCCCUUUGGGCUUGGUGGAAGAAGGGGGCAGCAGGCCCACAGGGCGGGGCAUGGCUGAGUGGGAGUUGCAGGGCCCUGCCAACUUCCUCCUAGGCAGGGGGCAGAGCCCUGUGUCCCCUGAGACCUCCUGCUUCUCCACCCUGCAUGACUGGUAUGGCCAGGAGAUUAUGGAGCUGAGGCGGGUGUGGCUGCAGAGAGCCCAGGGGAGCCAGCCAGAACAUGAGCAACAGGACAGGCCCUGAGCCUUGGCCCUUCGGGUUCAGCCCUUGUCUUGCUGGUCAGGACAUCAAGGCCAGUCUUUUUUCAAGAGUUUAAUGUUUACUGGUUUCUGAAGGUUUUUUUUGGGGGGGGGGGGCCUCGCCUGUGGCAUGUGUAAAUUCCGGGGCCAGGGAUCCAACUUACACAGCAGUGACAAUGCUGAAUCCUUAACCCGCUGAGCCAUCAGGGAACUCCUAAAGUUCCUUUUUGAGGAGAGCUCGCUCCUUCCUGCUCUGUAGGUUUUCUCCAGGUUCCCAAUCCACCCCUAUGCCUGCAGGGGACUAAGGAAUCAUUAUUUUCAAGCCGUUUUAUUCUUGACGCCCAGCGAGGGGAGGUGGCUUGCUCAGCAGCCAGAGUGAGAUCCAGGUCUCCUGACUCCGCUGGACUGCCCCUGGCUCAGGGGACACUAAUGGAAUGGAGGAAGUGGGGAAUAUUACAUGGCCCCAGGCUGCACUGCCUCUCACCUACACAUGAUACUACAGACACAGUUUCCAAUAUGAGGAGACUCCUGUACAUUUAAACACCAGAAAUUGGCUGCAGUGUUGGCUUGAGGGACUGACACUGUUGAGAAAGUGGAUUGACCGUGUCACAAGGGCCUCUGGGGCCUGGCUCAUCCUGAGUGGUGGCAGACUGUGCAGGGGACUCCCCCUCUGCAAUUGGGACAGGGCUCUUUGGAGGGAGAGGGCCUUUAGCCAGUAAAGAGGGAUUUAUUCGACUCGGAAAGUACUAGGCCCCCAUCUUUCCCUGGCUGCCUUGUGUACAGAUGGUGCUUUGUCAUUGUCUCAGGAGGGGCCAGUACCUUUUACAUGUCAGCAGAAAUCCUGCUUGUACUCUUUCCUCGGCUGCCAAGUGGGAAGCUAAAGAAGUGGAGAGGCAGUGAGGCUCCCUGGGGAAGCCAGUUUGUUACUUUGGUUUUCCGUUCUGGGCAUACUAGGCACUCAGGCAUGGGAUUCCUGGCACCCUGUGGUAAACUCUUCUCUCCUGGCUGGGCUCCCAAAGAGGUGUUCCUGUUCCUGAAACCCCCUGGGAACUCAUUCACCACCGUGCUUGUCACCCAGUGUGUAUCUGCCAAGACCACCUACUCUCACCAGAAUGGAGCCAAGCGUUUCCUUUACCAUCCAUUGUUCUGAGAGGCCCGGGUGGCUGGGCAGACAGAGCCAGAGGCUAGACCAGCCUGACACCCUGAGGGUACAGUGGCAAGGGCUGGAUGGAAGAUGCAGAACCUGGUCUUGUCACCCCUCCCCCAGUAUACACACUCUCCACCUUCUUAGCCUCUCUCCCUUUGGGGUCCCCCUAGGUGGGGGCCUAACUAGGCCUAGAGGCUUUGGCUCAGAGCCUUUUAGGUCCGGGAGGAUCAGAUGCUGCCCAGAGUCCAGGGCUGGUUCCCAGGAAGCUGUCUUCCCAGUCCUGUAUGGGAGCGUCACAGCCCACUGCACCUUGUUUAUACACAGAAUCUACAGGCUUUUAUUAUCUUUCCUACUGUUACAGUGCUUUUUAUAUAAUUAAAACACCAUGUUUUUUUAUUACCCA